CAGAGUCCUUCCUGAUAAGGAACUAUGGGAUGUAUAAAAUCAAAAAGGAAAGACAAUCUGAAUGGCGACGGAGUAGAUUUGAAGACUCAAUCAGUACGUAAUACUGACCGAACUAUUUAUGUGAGAGAUCCAACGUCCAAUAAACAGCAGAGGCCAGUUGCGGAAUCCCAGCUUUUACCAGGACAGAGGUUUCAGAAUAAAGACCCCGAGGAGCAAGGAGACAUCGUGGUUGCUUUGUACCCCUACGAUGGCAUCCACCCAGACGAUCUGUCCUUCAAGAAAGGAGAGAAGAUGAAAGUCCUGGAGGAGCAAGGAGAAUGGUGGAAAGCGAAGUCCCUUUCAACCAAGAGAGAGGGCUUCAUCCCCAGCAACUACGUAGCCAAAGUCAACACCUUGGAAACGGAAGAGUGGUUUUUCAAGGAUAUAACCAGGAAAGAUGCAGAAAGGCAGCUUCUGGCCCCGGGGAACAGUGCUGGAGCUUUUCUUAUCAGAGAAAGUGAAACAUUAAAAGGCAGUUUCUCUCUGUCCGUCAGAGACUAUGACCCUGUGCACGGCGACGUUAUUAAGCACUACAAAAUUAGAAGUCUGGACAAUGGGGGUUAUUACAUCUCCCCACGAAUCACUUUUCCUUGUAUCAGUGACAUGAUUAAGCAUUACCAAAAGCAAUCAGAUGGCUUGUGCAGAAGAUUGGAGAAGGCCUGCAUCAGUCCCAAACCACAGAAGCCAUGGGACAAAGAUGCCUGGGAGAUCCCCCGGGAGUCCAUUAAACUGGUGAAAAGGCUCGGCGCCGGGCAGUUCGGGGAAGUCUGGAUGGGUUACUACAACAAUAGUACCAAGGUGGCCGUAAAAACCUUGAAACCAGGCACUAUGUCUGUGCAGGCUUUCCUGGAGGAAGCAAACCUCAUGAAGACCCUGCAGCACGACAAACUGGUGCGGCUUUACGCCGUGGUCACCAAGGAGGAGCCCAUCUACAUCAUCACCGAGUACAUGGCCAAGGGCAGUUUGCUGGAUUUCCUGAAGAGCGAUGAGGGGGGCAAAGUGCUGCUUCCAAAACUGAUCGACUUCUCUGCUCAGAUCGCAGAGGGAAUGGCGUACAUCGAGAGGAAGAACUACAUCCACCGCGACCUCCGCGCCGCCAACGUCCUGGUCUCCGAGGCCCUCAUGUGCAAGAUCGCGGACUUCGGCCUGGCCCGGGUCAUCGAGGACAACGAGUACACAGCCAGGGAAGGUGCUAAAUUCCCCAUUAAGUGGACGGCGCCAGAAGCCAUCAACUUCGGAUGCUUCACCAUCAAGUCUGACGUGUGGUCCUUUGGAAUUCUCCUGUAUGAGAUCGUCACCUAUGGGAAGAUUCCCUACCCAGGCAGAACUAACGCCGACGUGAUGACCGCCCUGUCGCAGGGCUACAGGAUGCCCCGCAUGGAGAACUGCCCGGACGAGCUCUAUGACAUCAUGAAGAUGUGCUGGAAAGAAAAGGCAGAGGAGAGGCCAACGUUCGACUACCUGCAGAGCGUCCUGGACGACUUCUACACGGCCACGGAGGGCCAGUACCAGCAGCAGCCCUAGGGCGCAGGAGACCCUCAGCCCCGCGGGGACGGCGGGGCAAGGAGCAGCCCCCGGUGGACCAGUUAUCUCCCGUGCUGGGGUCACCUGCCACCACUGCUUCCCACGCAGGAGGCUAAGUUACUCAGGAAGAGCUCUCCCCCCCGGGAAGGCUGCCCCCCCAGGAGCCAUUGCCACUGGCGUGCAGCUUGGACCGCUCCCCGUGGCCAUCUGGCUUUGCGAGACCAACAUCUGGGCGCAGGCUUCCGAGAAGAAAACACCCCGGGCCACCAAAACGCACCCACGUCUGCCUUUGUUUACACGGGGAUGUGUGACUCAGAGGUUCACAGGCCGUUUCAGUAAUUCCCAACCAGGAGCAGAACUAACCUCAUUUAUAAAAGUACAAUAACCAGAUGUUUGCUGUGACACUUCUUUGAAUUUUUCUUUAUGCUUCAGCUAAUUUUUUUUUUUUAAUUACUAAUCCAACCUGUUAGAUUUUGCAGGUGAAGUCAGAAGCUUCAGUGUCUUUCCCAGACCUCAGUGACCUCCCUGAAAUCCGAGACUUAAACGCUUCCCCUUCGGGGGAGACCGCCCAGAGCCCCGCUGGGGGGCGGGGGCGGCCCUCGCACCUGCCGUGCUGCGUGCCGGGGACCCGCGGCCAGGCCCGCCCGGGCCCCCCAGGGUGGGGGCCUCAGGAACGUGCCCUGCCUUAAGAAGGAAUAUUCUUAACAGCCCAGCUUUUCAGGUCCACCAUUUCCUAGAUACAGACUUUUCUGGAUAAUAUCGUUUGGGAGAACAAAAAGAUUCUAAUCUUUGCAGAACCUUCUAGGGCCUUACAGAACUCAAGAAUUUUCUUUAUUGCUUCCAGUGAUUCUGAACAUUAUUUUCAUGAACAAAUGUUAAUUGUAGCCUUCUCUAGAAAGUAGAAACGCCCGAAUUGAGGCUUAUUUUCGUGAUUCAGCGAUCUUUUCCAAAUUGCGUGAGGUGUGUGUGAGACUAUUUAUACGAGCAGACAAAGGAAGAGGAGUAACAAGGAGGCUCGACUCUGCCGGGCGCAGGGGGUACAAGACGCUGUGUUUGUUAGAUUCUUCUCCUCUAGGCUUUGAAUGGAAAAUGCUUUAUCACAUCACGUGUCACUUACGCUGUUGUGUAUAUACCUAAUAUUUCUAUUUGAUUUUAUUUUAAUACACCUGGCCCAAUCACACCUCAA